AAUUGAAAUCGAGCUGUGUUGCUGUUGUUACAACAACAACAAACAAACAAAAAACAGUGCCCUUUCGCGCAAGCUUUGAGUCGUCGUCCCUUCUCUCUUUCGAAUCCGCCGUCUCCGAUACGCUUUUUCGCCGGCGCGGUAGAUCGUUCAAAGCUAAGUAAGAGAGAAAAUGUGGGGAAUCUUGAGGCGAAGUGCCGUCGAUGGAGGAGGCUUCUCUGCUUCGUCUCUCAGAAGGACGCGAUUCGCUUUGGUUUCCGCAAGGAGCUAUGCAGCUGGUUCAAAAGAGAUGACAGUUAGAGACGCUCUGAACUCUGCAAUCGAUGAGGAGAUGUCUGCAGAUCCUAAAGUAUUCGUCAUGGGUGAAGAGGUUGGACAAUAUCAAGGUGCCUACAAGAUCACUAAAGGCCUAUUGGAGAAGUAUGGUCCUGAGAGAGUUUACGAUACCCCUAUUACCGAGGCUGGAUUUACUGGAAUUGGAGUUGGUGCGGCCUAUGCUGGCUUAAAGCCCGUUGUAGAAUUUAUGACGUUUAACUUUUCUAUGCAGGCAAUUGAUCAUAUCAUAAAUUCUGCUGCAAAGUCGAAUUACAUGUCUGCUGGACAGAUAAAUGUACCCAUCGUCUUUAGAGGACCCAAUGGUGCUGCUGCUGGUGUUGGUGCUCAGCAUUCUCAGUGCUAUGCAGCAUGGUACGCCUCAGUUCCUGGUUUGAAAGUUCUCGCUCCAUAUUCAGCUGAAGAUGCUCGUGGUCUUCUUAAAGCUGCUAUUAGAGACCCUGACCCUGUUGUCUUCCUUGAAAACGAGUUACUAUAUGGUGAAUCAUUUCCAAUUUCAGAAGAAGCACUUGAUUCAAGUUUCUGUCUUCCCAUAGGCAAAGCCAAGAUUGAACGAGAAGGAAAGGAUGUAACCAUAACAACUUUCUCGAAGAUGGUCGGUUUUGUCCUCAAGGCAGCUGAGAAGCUCGCAGAAGAGGGAAUAAGUGCAGAGGUAAUAAAUCUGCGGUCAAUCCGUCCGCUAGACAGAGCAACCAUCAAUGCUUCAGUGAGAAAAACAAGUAGAUUGGUAACAGUUGAAGAAGGUUUCCCUCAGCAUGGAGUCUGUGCAGAAAUCUGUGCGUCGGUUGUGGAGGAGAGUUUUUCAUACUUGGAUGCACCGGUGGAGAGGAUAGCAGGAGCUGAUGUUCCAAUGCCUUACGCAGCUAACCUAGAGAGAUUGGCUCUUCCUCAGGUAGAGGAUAUCGUUCGAGCAGCCAAGAGAGCUUGUUACAGAUCCAAAUAAAGAAAAUGAUCAUCGUCAGAAACCACCACCAACACAUUUCUUCUUUGAUCUUUAAAGGGAAGGAAAAUAAGAAAAAAAAGGAGAAAAUGAUGUCUCUUUUGCUACAAAACACCCGUUACUCGUCAUUUUAUUUGAUCUCUUGCUAUUGUUAAUCCUCUGGCCUGCGGUUUUUCAUUUUUCCUUUUUGUCUUGCGAAUUGAAAAUUAUACAUCUUUGGGAGUCUAGUAAGAGAGUUCAUAUAACACCUGCCUUUUCUUUUGUGAAAUGGUUGGGCUGUCUAAUCCCAACAAAUAAUGAAUGAGGUGUUCCUAAACC